AUCAAAUAGCAUAGAAAAAUAGAACAUUCUUUUCUCUAUCAGACUAUAUAAAAAGAAAGUUUCUUUAACCUUUCUAUAAGGGAUAAAAAUACCACUGCCACUACUUUUGGUAUGCCCUAAGUAGUAUAGUCUACUAGAUGCACCUGCAUAGCCUCAUCUAGUAUAGUCUACCAGAUACUGUGUAUCAGUACCAUCAUCGUAGACUGGCUAAUUACACUUUGAGAGGAGACAAACGUAGAAUACUUAAAAUAUUUUUUCUUAUAUAUUGGAGCACGACAUUCUGAAGAUCUACAGAAAUUCUACUUUGACAAGAAAUUUAACGUGAAAAAGUGAUCAGCUAUCUUGCGCACCAUUGUUUCUCUCGGAGAACUAAACAUUCCAUUUCUACACGAUGCAUACAAUCAGGUCAUGUUCGCGUUUGGUCGUUGCAUCUUCCAACUACUAGGAAACUGUUUGCCAUUUUUUGGAUAAAGGCUGUGAAACUAUCAAGAAUAGUAAACACGGAUGCCGAUUUAUGAAAACUCUACAUCUUCAAGGCAAUAUAUUUUUGUUUUUUCGUUUAGCAGCCAUCACGAGACAAAUUUGCACUAAUACCAGCUCACCAACGUGUACAAGUUCUGAAACAGGUUGCAGGCAAUAUCGGAAAUCCAUGGGGAGUGUUCGUUGGGGCAGGUGGAGGCAUAUAUGUUUCAUCAACACUUAAUAAUAACGUACUGAAAUUCGCACCGGGAGCAUCGGUGGACUCUGGUGUGUCAGUUGCAGGAAAUAAUGGAGCCGGUUCAGCUCAAAAUCAAUUAAAAGCGCCUAAUGGAAUAUUUGUGGAUUGUGCGGGAAACAUUUAUAUUGCUGAUAGUCAAAACAACAGAAUAGUGCGUUGGGCUAAAGGUGCUACCAGUGGAUGCACAGUUGUCGGUGACAGUUCUGGUAAAGCAGGCAGUUCAGAUAGUUUACUUAAUCGCCCAAUAGAUGUUCGGCUCACUAAAAGUGGAAACAUGUUUGUGUUAGAUUCAGGCAAUAAUAGAAUACAAAAGUUUGCACCAGGAUCAACAAAAGGCGAGACAGUAGGGAAAGCUGCGGAUUUUCAUGGUCCAAUAGCAAUGUUUGUUGAUGAUUGUGAUAAUGUAUACAUAACUGAGUUCAGUGGUCAAAAAGUCCUCAGAUUCUCACCCGGUUCUACAACAGCUACAGUCAUAAUUCCUCAAGUCAAUCAAGCAAGAGGCAUAACAAUGGAUAGUCAAAAGAAUUUAUACGUGGCAUCACCCUCUGAUGGUCUCCUCAAAUUUUUGCACAUUGCAGCGACACCCUCUGAAUCGUGUGUAGAAGAUGAUACUAAGGUGAUGGAUGGAGAUGAGAAGAAUGUGAAUUCAUCAGUAUCAACCUCAGACCAAUAUUCCGUAUUUGUAUAA